GAAUCAGUUAGUGCAGCAAUCAAUCUGAACCUCGCCUUGCUCUACUGCAGACGCACAGGGAACACAAAUACUGAGCGUUAAAAACGGUGCUUGGAAUAAAAAAAACAAGCCUAAUCAUGACCGAAACCACGAAGACUCACGUUAUCCUGCUAUCCUGUGGCAGUUUUAACCCCAUCACCAAGGGACACAUCCAUAUGUUCGAAAAGGCAAGAGAUCACCUUCACAAAACAGGGAGAUUUAUUGUAAUUGGGGGAAUCAUCUCGCCAGUUCAUGACUCCUACGGAAAACCGGGUCUGGUCUCCAGCAGACAUCGCCUGAUCAUGUGUCAGCUGGCUGUCCAAUCAUCUGACUGGGUUAGAGUGGACCCCUGGGAAUGCUAUCAGGACACCUGGCAGACGACCUGCAGUGUGCUGGAACACCACCGUGAUCUCAUGAAAAGAGUGACGGGCUGCAUUCUCUCAAACGUGAAUUCCCCGUCUACGACUCCAGUGAUUGGACAGCCACAGAACGAGACGCGUCCCAUCUACCAGAACACCAACAUUACAGACAACAAGCCCACUGCAAUUAAGCUUCUGGGAAAGGUGAGUGAGAGUCUGGGAAAGAUCUGCUGUGUGCGCCCCCACAAUGAUCGCUUCACUUUUGUGGAUGAGAAUGCAAACUUGGGAACUGCAAUGAGAUACGAGGAGAUUGAGCUGCGCAUCCUACUGCUGUGUGGCAGUGACCUACUCGAGUCCUUCUGCAUUCCAGGCCUCUGGAAAGAGAGUGACAUGGAGGUGAUUGUAGGGGAUUUUGGGAUUGUGGUGGUACCCCGUGACAACGUGGACACAGAUAGAAUCAUGAACCAUUCCUCGGUCCUCCGCAAGUACAAGGAUAACAUAAUUGUUGUUAAAGAUGACAUGAAUCAUCCCAUGUCUAUUGUCAGUUCUACCAAGAGCAGACUGGCCUUGCAACACGGAGACGGGCAUGUGGUGGACUAUCUGAGCCAGCCAGUUAUCGACUACAUCCUGCAGAGUCAGCUGUACAUCAACACCUCCGGAUAGAGCCCUCCAUUCUCUGUUCUCCUGCUUAGGGGUGGCUCUCGCUUCCUCUCUCUCUCUUUCUCUCUCUCUCUCUGUGUAAAACUUAUGCUCCUCCUACUCUGUUGCUUUCCAUGUACGGGAGUCUUCAGUGUCUCUGUCCCUCCUAACUGUAACAUAGCAGCAGGGCCUCCCAGGGGUACUGCGCUGAAUGAGACGGCACAGGUUACAUGGAUCCGUCCUUGACUAGACUUACUUCUGUGCACACAAGGGGCUGCUGGGGGGAGGGUGUGGAAGGAGGGUGCAAGGAAUAUUCUCGAACGAUAAGCUGUUGGCAUUUGCUGUACAUUUAAUACUGUUCUUCUCAUGCAUGUGCUAAUGUGUUUUAUUUCAUAUUUUUGGCAUGAUUGCUUUUAUUGCAGUGUAAAUUUAUGGUCUGUGGUAAACGUAUUGGCAAAUAAUGACCAGGAGGCAAUGAGGCAUUUAAAAUGACAAGAACUGUCUCCGGUUGAUUAGUGCAUUCUUUAUCCACUGUUAUUGAUUCCCAGUAAUCAAGGUUUAUACAGUACAGGGAGCGAUGUUGAUAAAUUGAAAGAGUCACUGGUGGACCGUUUAAAAUGGCAGGUUUGAUGGUCUGAAACAAGUCAUUAAAAAAAAAAAAAAUGUCUUUCGGUAUUUCGGAUUUCUGAAGACAAAAUUGUGAUUUAUUUGUCUGUAGAACCUGCAGAUUUUCAAAGCCUACCUUACUACUGUAAAUAUUUACCAGGAUGUUUGUUGGCUUAUUCUGUGUAUAUCAAGGGCUAAUCUACAGUUACCUGUUGCCAAAUCCUGGUGCUUUUGGUUUCAAGUCAGUCACAAAAUGGACACCUAUUCCCCACAACUGGUGUUCAUGUUGUCACCCAAUGUCACCGUCCGUUGCACAGAUAAAGCCAAAAUUGUUUAAAAAAUAUAUAUUUACAAAAUAAAUUAAAUAUAUGACAUACAAUUUCUUUUAGGCAGAUCAUGAAACUGAGCAUUAGUAUCCUAAUAAAAGGCACACUCCAGAAAUUGCCAAUUUAAUGCCGUAUUUUUGGAUAGAGCUGACAAGCAGGCUGUCCCACUUAAAAAAAUAACAACAUGAGCUCCUUCAGCUAAUGCUUGUUCAGGUAUACACUCUCUGGAGAACUGUCCCGUUCAUGGAAGCAAGCUAACCAAUCGGAGUAUUCCUUGCCCCUUCGCACUCCACUGCCCUCCACAGUCUUGCUCUUGGACUCUUGCCAUGUUAACAUUUGCUACUGGGAGUGACUUGACAUCAGCGUUAUUCAUUUUCAUCAGCAGCAGAUUGAGUUCAAACCAUGGCAUGUGUAUACCUUUAGAGCCCUUGGUAACUUUUUAAUAAAAAAAAAAAAAAAAAAACAUUUGAACAAUCACUACCCAGCUUAUCCACCUCUCUCCAUUUAGCUCCAACUUGAGUCAUGAUGUCAUCAAGGCUUUUUUUUUUUUUUUUUUUUUCUGGUCGCAGGUCCAGUUUAAAGACAGCAGCAUGCCUAUUAACAAAAUAACCAGCUUAGUGCUUCUAUGUCUCUGGGUGUAUCUAUUUUCUAUAUUAUGUAUGUUAUAAAUAUGGACUGUUUGAUAAAGAAUAAUAAUUGCCAUGAGAUUGUACAGCAGGGAUAUUUUAGAUGGUGUAAGACAUUUAAAGGGCAUUGCAGUCUGCAGAUUGGGUUACAUAACUGACAAACAAGUCAGAACAAAUACCAGGCAAGAGAUUGCUGAGAGAAUAUCAUAUUGGCUGAAGCGAAGGAAAUGCUAAGCCCACAAAAAGACUUUCAAUUGAUAGUGACAUUUAAAAGAAAAACAACCAAACAAGUCCUGCAUAAAUCUAUUUAAACUGCAGAUUGGAUUACUCCUUCAGCCCAGUAUUACACUAUAAUCAAGGGCAAUGUGGUUUUUGGAUGUUUUUCAAAGUGUAACUUCAUUAAGAUUAUUUUUGUCUGUUUGUAUCGGUUCAUUGUAUAAUAAGGCUAGUAUUAAAAUUAUUGACUGCUAUUUGUUUUAGAGUGAUUCUUCCAUUUAAAUUAAUAAAAGUUCAAAAUA